UGAAACACAGACACACACACAUCAUCUCACACACAACAUACGCACACAUAGAACGUGGUGGUUGGCUGGACAGGAAGUUGGCUGGACAGGGGAAAAAACGAACAGACGGACAAAACAGACAGACACAACUCAGGAGGACCGGUUCCUUUCUCUCGACAAGUCAACCCUUUCAUCCAGAACUCAGAUGGAGUUUGCCUGCAGUCACGUAGUGUGUAACUGGAGACCAGAGAGUGUAGAGGUGAGGUCAGGUGAGGGGGUGACCCCAGGUCUAGGUGAACCCCUUAGACUGUCUGUCAAAGAGCACAUGUACGACAAUCGCAUCGCGGUCAUCUCCCGGCCAGAACCGGGUAUAAUGCCUCCAGCUCUGCCCCCUCGACAGUUCGGUUCUCAGAAGCCCCACCCACAACCCACUUUUCGGCCUCCCCCUCUUCCCUCCCUGCCUGCACCUCUACCCUCCCUGCCUCCCCCUCUACCACCCCGAGGUUUGGAGGGCCAAGGAGAGCAGAGCAUAAGAUUGAAGGCUAACGUUAACGUUGUCUCUCUCAGUGUUGGACGCCUGGUAGACAUGAGUAGAGCAUCUGGCAUCCAGAGCACUCAGAGUCCAGUGAAGCAUUGUGGGAGAUGUAGUGCUGCCCUGUCCUCCCUGAGCUCUGUACAUAACACACAGGACACUGCCGUGUGGCAGUGUGAGUUCUGUGGUCUCCAGAACAACCUGUCCACCCCAGACCUGAGAGUUGGUUCCAAGGUGGGCCUGAAGGUUAGAGGAAGUAUUCAGGAUGCCCUCCAGAGGGCGCUGUCCUCUCUGCUGCAGACCUCACCUCACCGCAGAGUCGCCAUGGUUACCUUCAAUGACCAGGUAGUAGUGUAUGGUGAUGGUUCAGGUUCACCAGUCUCUCUCAGGGACUGGGCUCUAGUUGAUUCUGACUACCUGAGACAACAGGGUAAACAGUACAACCCUCCACACUGUAUAGCUGAGAGCUACCAACACCUCUCACUGAGAGUCAAAGAGCUGAGGGAGCAUGGAGCUACAGCGCUGGGUCCUGCUGCCUUGGUCUCCGUUGCUAUGGCGUCUCGAUACGUGGGGUCAAAGGUGAUCCUGUGUACAGACGGGCGAGCUAACAUCGGAUUGGGUCUAAUGGAGGAGAGUCCCGCCCCUUUCUCCUCCCCCCAGUCAUCUUACUUCUACAGACAGCUAGCCCACGAGGCAGCUAACAGCGGUGUGAUAGUGUCGGUGAUGACAUUUGAGGGAACAGACUGCAGGUUGGCUGAGGUGGGACUACUGGCAGACCAGACUGGAGGCAGGGUGAAUAUAGUAAGCAUCGGUACCGUAGCAACAGAGAUCCAGUCAGCUCUGGCCGACAACAUCCUAGCAACGGGUGUCAUGGCAACGCUACUAGCAGCUGAUGGCGUGUAUUUCCCUUACGAGGAGGAGUGUAGCCACCGUCUAGUAAGAGAGAUAGGGAACGUAACAGAAGCAGUAGAAAUCACCUUUCAGUUCGCCUGCAAGCCUGACAGCGUAGAGAGUUUCAUGCGUAGAGCCAGACUACCGUUCCAGUUACAGCUGUCCUUCACCACCAGAGAUCAACAGAACGUCACACGCAUCAUUACUGAACAGAGACGGGUUACAACCAGCAGCUGGGUGUGGGCAGGCAGUCUGAACAUGGCAGUGUUAGGGGUCCACUGUGCCCAGCUGUGUGCCAGGUUAACUAUGGAGGGAAGAGUCCACGAGGCACAGAGACAACUCAGAGCACAGCAAAACCUGCUCAAAGACAUCAGUGUGCAGAGGCCCAAUCCAAAGGAGGAAAGUAUCUAUGGCAACUGGAUCAGUACCAUGACAACCAUAUGUGAUGACCUCAUUACAGACUCCCAAGGCAACAGCAAGAUCGACGACCUACAGGCCUCCAAGUCUACUCCUGUGAAUGCCCUCUCUGAUGAGGCAGCCAAGGUGGUGUACCAGAUGAAGAGGGCCAGCAGUGUGGACCAGAGCAGGAGGAAACAGACAGACAUUGUGGCUCUGUGAGGAGCCUGACCACAGCAGUCACAGGUGGCAAAAUCGGCAGACAUCUUGGAUCCACAGGAGCCAGCUGCAGCAUCAACAGUUACCAAAACUGGCAGCCAUGUUAGACUGGACACUCCCUCAAACAACUCCAAAUGUACUACCUAAAUAUUAAAUAAAGACGUGUCAUUUAAAUGGUGCUGCGUAACGUC